AUGGCCCAAAGUUGCAAUACUUGUUUCGGUGGUGGCAUCAAUGUUUGUUUUGGUGCUGGUGGUGGAGGCAGAGGCAGAGGUGGUGGUGGAGGAGGAAGUGGAGGAGGUGGAGGUGGAGGUGGAGGUGGAGGAGGUGGUGGUGGUGGAGGUGGUGGUGGUGGAGGUGAUGCCAACAAAAAACCUGAGCUGCAACCAUAUCCAGUGAAAGAGCAACUACCCGGAGUCCAAUACUGCAUAAAUAGUCCUCCUCCAUGGCCUGAAGCUCUCAUAUUAGGUUUCCAACAUUAUCUCUUGACUCUUGGCAUGACUGUUAUGAUACCGAGCAUAAUCGUUCCUCGAAUGGGUGGUGGUGAUGCUGAGAAGGCUAGAGUAAUACAGACCUUGCUCUUCACUUCAGGAUUGAGCACACUUUUUCAAACUUUAUUCGGUACCCGUCUUCCUUCGGUAGCAGUGGGUUCAUAUGCAUAUAUGAUACCGACCACCUCAAUUGUCCUUGCUAGCAGACAUACUUCGUGCUUGGAUAACGAUGUGAGAUUUGUACAAACAAUGAGAGCAAUACAAGGAGCUCUGAUUCUUGCAGGUUGUUUUCAAAUAAUUAUGGGAUUUUUGGGUUUAUGGAGAAAUGCAGUCAGGUUCCUUAGUCCUAUUUCUAUUGUUCCUUGUGUAACUUUUGCUGGACUUGGGCUCUACUAUCUAGGCUUUCCCACGCUGGCGAAAUGUGUUGAGAUUGGGCUUCCAGGAAUGCUAAUAAUGGUUUUUUUCUCACAAUAUCUUCCUCGUUAUGUACAGUCAAAGAGGCCUAUAUGUGAUCGUUUUGCAGUGUUGUUCACAGCUGCAAUCACAUGGUUAUUUGCACUAAUUCUAACUGCAAGUACUGUGUAUAAUGACAAAUCUGAAAUCACUCAGUUGACUUGCCGCACUGAUCGUGUUGGACUUAUUCAUGCCUCGCCCUGGAUAUAUAUUCCUUACCCAUUUCAGUGGGGAAGCCCAACAUUCAAGGCUGGUGAAGUUUUUGCAAUGAUAACUGCUUCUUUCGUUUCUCUAUUUGAGUCCACUGGUACAUUUUAUGCAACAUCAAGAUAUGGAAGCGCCACUCCUGUGCCCCCUUCAGUUGUGAGUCGUGGUGUUGGCUGGCUGGGAAUCGGGGUUUUACUCAAUGGCUUUUUUGGUUGUGUGACAGGCUUUACUGCUUCGGUGGAAAAUGCAGGUUUAUUGGCAUUGACAAAAGUAGGAAGCCGGAGAGUAAUUCAAAUAUCAGCUGGAUUCAUGAUUUUCUUUUCUCUAUUUGGAAAAUUUGGAGCAUUCUUCGCAUCUAUACCUUUGCCGAUCAUUGCUGCUGUGUAUUGUGUUUUGUUUGGUUAUACCUCUUCUGCAGGCCUCGGUUUUCUCCAAUUUUGUAACCUAAAUAGUUUCAGAACAAAAUUCAUACUGGGGUUUUCCUUCUUCAUUGGCAUUUCGAUGCCACAAUACUUCAGAGAAUACUAUCAGUAUGUUCAUGUGCACGCCAGAUACAGAUGGUUUCAUGAUAUAGUGACUGUCAUCUUCAUGUCCCACACAACUGUGGCUGCUUUGGUUGCGUUGUUCUUGGAUUGCACGCUGGCAAAAGAAAAUGAUGAGACAACGAACGACACGGGCCUGAAGUGGUGGGAGAAAUUCAGUUUAUACAGUUCAGAUGUUAGAAAUGAUGAAUUCUAUGCACUUCCAUGCAAGCUCAAUAAGUUGUUCCCUGCCCUUUGA